AUGGCUUCCAUCCAUAUUUUUCACACAACGAACAUCAUACUCACUGAUACCUCAAAGUUCAGUUUCAUCGACUCUAUUCCUGAAGUAAUGCUUCGUGAUGUUCCGGCAGCGAGUGAUGUACUGCGAGCCUAUCGCACUUUGCCCGUCUCAGGCUUUCACCCCUUGACAAAUGACAUGAAAAAGGAAAAGAGUCAAGAAAGUGGCUCGUCGACCACGAACUCUGACACCAAGAGAUCACAAGGACUCACAAUCACAAACAGGUUCAUAUGUUCCAAUUCAAAAGGAAGUUCACAACGAAGAAGAUGUUAUGUCUCAAUCGAAGGUUUCGAGAUUCCUACCUCCAUUCUUGUUACAAAUGAAUUCUUAGAAGACCUUUCUGUCCCUUCACCCACUGCCACUGUCUCAACCCCAAUCACCAUUUCUCCAUGCUCUCCAGCUUCCUUGGGCGUUUCGCAAGCCCAAACCCCACUUUUCACAUAUUCCAGCGCCACAACCACUACCUCAACUGUUGAUCCUCCAGUGACUGUCAACACAUCUGAUGUGUGGGCAGGUGCUUCGGGAUUCACAUUUGGUCAUUUUACUCCACCUAUCUCUCAUUUCCCCCAAUAUAAUCCAGACAUGAUAUAUGGUGGUGAUGAUGACAACUUCGUAGGAUUCACCUGUAGUCCAUUCAACAUUCAGACUGAAAGUGGUGAAGAAGCUCCUGUUACAAGAGGGCAACUCAAAGAUAUCAAUGAGAAACUGGAUUCAUUGCUCCAAUCAUCUAGAACAUCAUCCAGUGCAGACUAUUCACAAGCAACGAUCAAGUCCUUCCUCGAGAUCCUUACGAAAGAACACUCCACUAAUCUGGAGAAAACAAACAAAGCUGUGGAUGCUUUUGUUUCUGUAUACAACGAGACGAGAAAAAAAGUAGAUAAACUAAUUAGAAAUGCUCGUUUGUUCAUGUUGGAAUAG